UACCGACUCCAUCGAUCGAAUUCUUAUAGCCUGCGUCGUUCUCAGAAACCCUAGACAUCGCGUGAAGGGUGGCCGAAAGACACCGGAAAAUUGAGGCGCUUCGUUUCUAUUUUUCUUUAGGGAUAUUUGCCAGUUUGAAGUAUGAGGACAAGAAAUGCCGGUGCCGCGAAAGCUGGGGCCACCAAGAAGACGCCUACCCCGAAGAAAGAUGCUGCUGCCGCCGCCGACGCCGCCGAGAGGACCCCGGAAGUGGCAACGAAAUCUACCCCGAAAUCAGGAGCCAAGACCGCGAAGGUGGCCGGAAAACAGUCCGCGAGCAGAGCCGCUGCUGCUGCCUCUGCCCCGGUCACCGUGACCCCUGAUCCUAAGCAGGGUUCUGAAGUUGAGGAGGCGGCUACUCCUGCAGUUGAGAAGAAACCAGCUGCAGCCUAUGCAAAGAAGUCUGUCGGUGGAAAGGGGAAAACACCUCUGGCUCAGAAGGCUGCUGCAGCAGAUCCUCCCAAGGUGGAGGUUGUGGAAGAGCCGGCCAUAAAAGUUGAAGCCAAGGAGAGUGAGGAUGAGGUGGAGGAGGAGAAUGAGCUGAAGCAUGACGUGGAAGUCGCAGAUGUGAAGGACACUGGGGGUGACAAUUCUGAAAAAAUUGAAGAAGAUCCUGCUGAUGCGGGCCAGCAGAUGGAGGAAGAGGUAGAGCCGGUGGAGUUUGAGGAGCCUGUUGAAGAGGAAUUUAUGGGUACGGAAGAGAACAUAGGAGGUGUGGAAGGGGAGGAAGCUAGUGUCGGGAUGGAAGAGGAGGAAGAUCCUCGGGUUGAGGAGGACGAGCAGAUUCUAAUAUCAGACAUGGCUAAGAGGAGGAAGAUGAAGAAGGAGCAGGAGAUAUUUGUCGGGGGACUAGAUCGAGAUGCUAUGGAGGAGGAUUUGAAAAUGACCUUUGAGAAGGUUGGGGAAGUUGUAGAGGUCCGUCUACACAAGGAUUUUGUAACCAAUAAGAACAAGGGAUUUGCAUUUGUAAAGUUUGCCAACAAGGAGCAGGCUGCUCGAGCACUCAUUGAAUUGAAAAAUCCUAUGAUUCGUGGAAAACGUUGUGGCAUUGCACCAAGCGAGGACAAUGACACAUUAUUCUUGGGGAACAUUUGCAACACAUGGACAAAAGAAGCUAUUAAGCAGAAGCUAAAGGAUUAUGACGUAGAGGGAGUUGAACAUAUUACUCUUGUUCUGGACACCCAGAAUGACGGUCUAAGUCGUGGGUUUGCUUUCCUGGAAUUCUCUUGCCAUCAGGAUGCGAUGCUAGCUUAUAAACGGCUCCAAAAGCCUGAUGUUAUAUUUGGCCACCCCGAGAGGACAGCCAAAGUGGCUUUUGCAGAGCCACUGCGUGAGCCAGAUCCCGAAGUCAUGGCUCAGGUUAAAUCAGUCUUUGUUGAUGGGUUGCCACCAUUUUGGGAUGAGGAUAGGGUCAAAGAACAAUUUAAAGGCUAUGGAGAGAUUGAGCGUGUUGUGCUGGCACGAAACAUGUCAACUGCCAAAAGGAAGGAUUUUGGAUUUGUUAACUUUACAACUCAUGAAGCAGCUGUUACUUGUGUUGAAGGUAUAAAUGACACCGAACUGGGUGAUGGGAAGUCCAAGAUGAAAGUAAGAGCAAGGCUUGCAAAUCCACUGCCCAAAACUCAAGCUGUAAAAGGUGGGAUGAGCGGUGGUUACCGUAUUGGAUACACUGGUGUUGGAGUUUACUCUAGGUUUGGUAGAGGUUUUGGUAGGGGUAGAUUUCCUUCAUUCAGAGCAGGGUUUCAGGGUGGAAGGGGUUUCAAUUUUCGUGGACGUGGUAGAGGUGGAAGGUUUUCUUUUGCUGCUGAUAGUGGCCUGGAAGGCUCUUCUACUGAGUUUCAGUUCAGGAGGCCCUUUGGAGGUCGAGGAGGUAGGGGUUUUUUUUUUCCAGGAAGACAAGGUGCUUUCAGAGGGCGAGGGCAACCCUUCUCAUCUAGAAGACCACCGUUUCAACCGGAGGAGGAGUUUGGUAGACCUUUCAGUGGUCGGUAUGUAGGUGAAGAACCUUAUUUCUAUGGGGAUGCAGGACGUGGUAUCAAACGACCAUUCUCUAUGAUGGAUCAUGAUUCUGGAUACAUGGAACCUGGGAGUAGGGUUCGCCCUCGAUAUGAUCAUCCUGAUCCACUGCCCGGUGCAUCUCGUUAUAGAGAUUCAUUUGGAAUGAGUGGCUUGUAUUCACGUGAUUAUUAUGGCUCGGAUUAUGGUGGUGGCACUUAUUCAUCGUACGGAGGUCCACACUCUGGGGGCGGCUAUUACUACUAGAUGUAAUUUGAAGAUGCUGGUUUGAUCAUGGAAAGGCACUGUUUCUAAGAUGGCAAUCUUAGUUUAGUUGCUGCUUAUUAACUUCAUAAACUGUCUAUUUUGGUUGUUGGCUAGAAAUUUUAUUGUUGUCUUGGCUUUGUUUGUUACCUUGGGAAACUAUUAAGUAGAUGUUUGGUUCUUAUGCUAAGAUCAUAAUGGAUAGCCUUCUGAUGAAUUCGAUCAGAGAGUAUCAUGUUUGCAA